AUGGCCGACGACGACGCGAUCAUGCAUACACCCCCUGACGCUGCGUUCUCCUUUGUCUCCCCAAUUGAUCGAGGCUGGAGGCGUUCGGGAACCCUUCUUUACAGACCGAACCAGAAAAACGCGUGUUGUCCCCAUUACACGCUUCGGCUUGACUCUACUGCCUUCAUCUCCACGAGAGAUCAACGCCAGACGGUUAAUCGAUUCAAUCGAUAUGUCCUUGGCGAUACGUACCUCAAAGAAGCAGCUCGACGCUACCCUCGGUCUCGCGAAGAGACCAAGAGGCGUGAUCAACAUUUUGAUCUCGUUGAGCGUAUCCACGAAGCCGAGAGUUCCCAUUUGAAAACACCCUUGGAACCAGCGCAUGAUUUCGUUGUCACACUCGAAACAGACGACUUCACAGAUGAGAAGUAUGCCGUCUUUGAGAACUACCAAAGGACAGUCCACAACGAGCCGCCUAGCAGGAUCACGCCGAAUGGUUUCAGGAGGUUUCUUUGCGACUCGCCCAUCAGACGGGAAACGACUGCAGACCCGGAUGGACAGGAACGGAAACUUGGUUCGUAUCACCAAUGCUACAGGCUUGACGGCAAACUCGUCGCGAUUGGUGUUCUUGACCUGCUCCCUCACGCCGUGAGUGCAGUUUAUUUCCUCUACGACGAGUCUUUCCACAAGCAUGCUCCGGGCAAACUCGGUGCGCUGCGAGAAAUUGCUCUUGCCAGCGAGCACGGGUACAAAUGGUGGUACUCGGGCUACUACAUCCACAGCUGCCCAAAGAUGCGGUACAAGAUGGACUAUUCACCGCAAUACGUUCUGGAUCCAGAGGCGCUGCAAUGGGAUCCUUUGGACGCCGAAGCUCUGGCCAUCUUCGACAAGAAGCAAUAUGUCAGCCUCUCCAGAGAGCGGAGAGCGGCUGAUGACAUGGACACAUCGGAGGUAACCAAACAAACGGACGCGCAGGCUGGUGUAAAUGACAGCAGUGAGCGCAUCGGAAGCCAGGAAGAUGAGGGAGAUGAGGAUGACGAUGACGAUGAAGACGAAGACGAAGAGGGCAGUUUCUUACUGGGUAGCGAUAUGCCCGGAAUUCUGUCACUUGAAGAGGCCGAGCAGCUAGACAUAGACCACAUCCCUCUGAGGUUGGAUACCGGCCGCGGUCUCUACCUAACGCAAGAUCUGACCAUCUGGAGUUCGGAUACCAUUCGCGACCACGGCUCUUUGAAGUCGAGGGUGGCCGAGAUGGUUGCGGCGAUGGGACCCGAUGUCAUGGACCAGAUUUGUCUCGACUUCAGGAGGAACAGAUCUGGCUAA